AUGCCGCAGACGCCAAUGCUACGGCAGAUCGCCCCAGCUCGUGACUCCACAUAUGGGGCCGCGGCUGCAGCCAACCACCGAGCGCUCGUCCAGCAGCACGCACGUCAAAGUGGACCUCGCAUCAGACAAAGCGUGAAGCUCACCUCAACCUACGUCCUCAAAGCUUGGCUCCGCCCGCAUGCCCGCACGUCCUCUCCCAAAUUCAGUAUAUGUGAAAUUGCCCAUGUGGUAAAGGAGACCUGGACUGCCAAUGACAAGCGAGGAUCCGUUGCCGCUGCCGGUCGUGUGGUUUGGCCCUUAGAUACCGGCAUGGACUUUGACGACGUGGCGUUUUCCUUUGUGGACUCGACGCGCACCUCGUGCCCGAGACCUGGGUUGCAACUGGCCGGCUACUCGUACCCGACUGAUGGAUCGAUGUUUGCUCGAGCGCUGGGGGGAAAAGAUGUCAGUUCUCUUGCAUGUGCUGGAAAUUGAGGGAGGAGGUUUAGCUUUUGAUAUUGCGGUGGAUAUUUCUUCGUCCAGGGCGAGGUGCAUCGGGGUGGACUUCUGAUGGGAAUAUCUUCCUGUCUCGCAAUUAAACCCAUGUCCUGGUACGCCGAAAGAUCAAAGAGUGAUGGUAGCUUGCGAAAUUGUUCGCUAGGGUUUACAGCUUUUGUAGGCAUGUCUGCCAUUGAGUUAGAGCAACUUUGGGUCUGAAAACCUCGUAUGGGUGAGAUAUCUUGAAAGGAAAAGCCAUGUGAACCGUCAAACGUAGCGCUGCUGGCUUCUUGGAUCAUAAGAGCCUCGUGGUCCAUUCGAUGGAAAAGGACUGGGAUGUGUAGACCUGUCAACUGCCUAAAGAGUGAUCGGAAUCGAAUCUGCGGACAAUUGGUUACCACAUCUUUCAUGAUGCAACAGCCUCGAGUCGAUCUCAGCCUUUCGAACAUAAGCAAAUCCUAAAGAAAAAAUUUCAUCUUUCGUCACGUUCGAGCCCAUAUCGUGAUGUGCCUGCUGGAUUCCAAAGAGUGGAAUCCACGAGGAAGAAAGAGUUGCCUGUGUUGCUCGGCUUUGCUUUCCUUUCG